AUUUGCAGAUUUGCAGGACAUUCUUCAAAGUUUGCCUGCUACAAGUGUACUCAGAUUCACGGUAACAAGGCAGAACGUCAGAAUAUCUUCAAUAAAUACGGAAUUAGGUGGUCUGAACUACAUCAGUUACCUUACUUCGAUGCCUUUCACUUUACAUGCAUUGAUCCUAUGCAUAACCUUUUCCUUGGAACCUCAAAAAGAAUGUUAGAAAAGGCAUGGUUAUCCACGGACAGAAUCAACAACAAACAAUUAAAGUCAAUUCAGAGGAUCAUUGACUCAAUACCCGUACCAUCAGAUAUUGGUCGAAUUCCGCACAAGAUUGCAUCAGGAUUUGCAGGCUUUACUGCCGAUCAAUGGAAAACGUGGGUAUUGGUAUAUUCAACAUGUGCUUUAUGUGACAUUCUCGAAGAAGACAAUAGGUGGUGCUGGCAGCAUUUUGUCAGGUGUGUUACAUUAUGGAGUCAGAGAAUAGUGACCAUUAAUGAAGUAGACCAGGGCGAAGAGCAUAUGUUAGCUUUUUUACACGAAGCAGAAAACUUAUAUGGUGAGCAUCUUAUCACGCCUAAUAUGCACUUUCAUACACACUUGCGAGAAUGCAUCAUCAAUUAUGGACCUUUUUAUAGCUUCUGGUGUUUUGCCUAUGAGCAUAUGAAUGGGGAUCUUGUCCUACAACCAAACUCGAGCCAAUCAAUGGAGAUAGAGGUGAUGACAAGAAUUAACCAUCAGGUUAAUGUGGCACAUGCAUUUACCACAGCAUCAAACGAAUUUCCACAUGAUAUUGUAGUAUUGAUCAACUCACUUUGUUCACCCAUUAAUAAUGGAAGAGGAACCCUAAGGAAUUACAAUUUUUCAGCUGAAGAAAUGCUUGCUUUUCAGGAGAUGUCUCUACAUCUUAGCACUAUAAAUGUCACGGGAACUGAAUGUUUUCCAGGGGAAUUAAGCAGAUGUUAUUUUGAAGCAAAAUUAGAUGAUAGGAUGUUAGACUUGUUGAAGGACUACUAUGAGAUGGUGUAUGCAGAUUGUGGCUAUAAGUUCUGUAAUGGAAUUAACGAUAUAGACGGAAGUUGUAUUUAUGUCUCUUCAACUAUUUUUCAAGCAAGUGCUUUACGUGUUGGUGAUGAAACUUUUGGAUCUUUAUUGUCUGAGUCAGAUUUAAAUGUGUGUGUUAUUGCAGGUUUCUUGAAUGAUGAGGAUAAUGUUUCUUAUUACCCAGGAGAGGUUGUCUAUUAUUUUAGGCAUUGGUUGACGCUGCCGGAAAUGAAUUCACAGAGUGCUAAUACAUGGAUUGCUGAUCAUUAUUUAUGCAUAGUUGAUUGGUAUAAGCCAUCCAGAUAUCAAGCAUAUUUUAAUGUAUCUUUGCAACAGCAACUACUUACUGAUGAGGGCAAUUUUGAAAAACUUUAUCACACAGAGCUUUGGGGUGCCAAAUGUACAAGACGAAUGUACAAAAAUAUUCUACCAGUCCAGCAGCUAGUCAUUUUGUAA